AAAGAAUCGACAAAGUACAAAAAACACUCGCUUUCCAAGCAAAGACCGACUUUUCUUCACCUUCGUCCCAACUUCCAUAAUCAGUGCCAAGUAGCCAACGUCUCUAUCUCCUUCCCUCUAUGCCUCUGCUUCGACUCCGCGCCAAUCUUACGCACCCUCAAAAACCUCCUCAGACUGAUCCGCAAGUCAUUCCAUUCGCUCGCAAGGUCCCAAACCAACUCUGAACCCGAGGUCCAAUCCUCAUCGGCACCCCGACCUCCUCCACCAUUUGAUCCAACGGAGCCGUCCGUGCCAAUAUCUUACCCAAUCAAAACCCUCGAAGACCUCGAGUCCCAGUCCUACUUCAACUCCUUUCACUACCCUUUUAACAAAGCUUUGGUUGCUCUCCAAUCUGGCUCUUCUUAUUCAUUGCCCAAUAGGCGUAGAUUGCUCGUGUGCCAUGACAUGGAAGGAGGUUAUGUGGAUGAUAAAUGGGUCCAGGGAGGUACCAAUCCCGAGGCAUAUGCGAUAUGGCAUUGGUAUUUGAUCGAUGUUUUCGUUUACUUUUCGCAUAGUCUCGUUGCGCUUCCUCCGCCGUGUUGGAUCAAUACGGCUCACCGGCACGGCGUUAAGGUACUGGGGACAUUCAUAGCGGAAUGGGAUGAAGGGAGGGUUAUUUGUGAUAGAUUGCUCUCAACAAAGGAAUCUGCUCAUUUGUAUGCCGAGCGCCUGGCAGAACUUGCUGAUUCUUUGGGAUUUGAUGGAUGGCUGAUUAAUAUUGAAGUCAGAUUGGAUAUCAAGCAAAUCCCUAUUCUGAAAGAAUUUGUCAGCCAUCUAAACGAGACUAUGCAUUCGUUAGUGCCCGGUUCUUUAGUGAUAUGUUGGUGGGCACUUGUUGCGAAAUCAUGGGGAAUACUGCAGAAUUAUCCUAAAAAGCUGCCUUUCUACACUAAUUUUGAUCAGGGGCGUGGCUAUCAUUUUUCAAUUGAUGGAAGAAAAGUAUCAGAUGACCCUUGUUGUAACAUUUCAUGCCAGGGUUUCCAGCCUUUCCUCGAGUUUGCUGACAACCCUUCUCCAGGCAUCAUUCAAACACUUGUUGAUUUGACAGAAGCAUCUCAUAGUGGAGGAGGAAACAUUACAUUUGAAGGAACUCUUGGAGACAAUGCAUUUUUUGCAAGAAGACUUUUUCUUGGCGAAAUUCCAUUGGAGAAUUUGCCCAUCUUCUGUACAUACUCUGUGAGAUCAGAGGGGGACUCUCAACUGGGCCUUUCUCUUCAUUUCUCCUCUACAAGGAAUGAAAGUACAACUAUACUUCUCACAUCCGGGGAUUUUAACCAAUUCUCAGGAAAAUUCAGUAAAGUAAUUCCAACACACCGGCUUGAAAGGCCAGGAAAUUCCUGUGGAUGGGUCUUACAGGAGGGUAGCAUUGCACCUGAAAAGGGAGACAUCUUAACAGAAAUCCAAGCUGUGUGCUACAGGUCAAAGUAUGAAUCUAGUGAACCGAGACCAGCUCGCAGUUCAGUGAAGUAUUUUGCAGAGCUAGGCCAUCUCACCAUUAGAACUUCUGAAAAGAACUUGGAUUUUCUGCCUUCUUCCUCGUGGCUUGUUGACGGUCAAUUUAUAAAAUGGGUUUCUGGUUCUCGGGGUUCAAAGACCCUUAGUGUAAAAAUCGUUUGGAAACUGAAACAUGGAACUAGUACUGCAUUCUCGAAAUACAAUAUCUAUGUGAAGAAAGUAACAAAACAUGUAGAAGAGGUGGCGGAGUAUCUUGGAACGGCAUAUGUGGAAGCCUUUUAUGUUUCUGAUCUUGUAGUUCCUUCUGAAACUUCUAGCCUCAAAUUCAUUGUUCAAAUGUGUGCAGCUGAUGGAACUUGCCAGAAUUUGGAUGAUUCUCCAACGUUUACAGUUGAUGCUGAAGGACGUGCCUAAGUUAACUUACUGCAGCUGCUUUUUUUUUUUUUUUUUGUGUGUAAUACUAUUUUUCAUUUGUCCUUUUCCAAGGUAGAAUGGUAAAUGAUAUAUGGCGGCGCUAGUGUUGUAACAUGGCAAUAAAGUGACAACAAAAAUAAAUUAUAAUAAAAUUGUCUUUCAAGUUCCUUCUA